ACUAAUUGUGUGCCGUUGUCCCGAUAGACUUGACUUUGCUGCUCGCCAGAGGAAUAUUGUUUUAAGAUAUAUACGGUCAAAUAUUGACCGAUAACGCAGAUAAGGCCAUAAAAAUAGCCUCUUUGGCAGAACUUUAUCAGUGUCCCCAGCAACCUGCCGUCGGCAAGAUCUCGAACUCUAUAGACAACCCCGGAUUGUCCACCGAAUUGGUAGCUCAAGCUGAUAGCAGUCGCACAUCGAAAUUAUCUCAAAGUGUCACAAAAUGUCGUCGACGACCAUGCAGCUUGACGUUGUUUCGCCCAAAUUCAACGAGGCCGUCCUGAAUGGCAUCAUCAAGGAUUACGGCGGUAACAAGUGCACGUCCUGGCGAUUCGCGGACGGUCAAUUCGGUAAGGGAGACUCAUACCUAAGUGAGGUGUUCCGCAUCGAAGUCGAGGACGAAACGAGCCGCCAGGCGGAGGGUGAUACGGCCCUCAAGGUCAAUCUGGUGGUCAAGUGCAUUCCGAAGAAUGUGGCUCGCCGGAAAACGUUCCGGUCAGCGGAUUUCUUCCGCAACGAAAUCAACUUUUACAACGUGGUCAUGAGUGAGUUCUACAAGUUCCAAAAGGAGAAGCAGCCGAAGAAUCCGUUCAACGAUAUUAGCAAGUGUGUGGCUGCAUUCUCGGAUGGACUGAAUGAUUUUGUCGCGUUGGAAGAUUUGAAGCAAUUUGGCUACGGUUCAGCGUCAAGACAGGACGGUGUGGCCCUGGCCGAGUGCAUUCUAUGCAUGCAAAACAUCGGUCGUUUCCACGCCAUGUCCCUAGCGAUGAAGGACCAACGGCCCGAGACAUUCCAUUUUCUGGUGAAGAACAUCGAGGAGACCUACUACGCCAGCGAGUACAAGUCCUGGUACAGCAACUUCCAGAAAAUUCAAGUCGGUAUCGCCAAGGAUGCCGUCGGCCAGGUUUACGGUGGAACCGAGCUGGAAGCGAAGGUGCACAAGUUCUUCGAUUGCGAUCUGUACGAAAAAAUGUGCUAUUUGACGCACACGCGCAACCAAAACUCCGUAAUCAACCACGGGGACUGCUGGAUGCCCAACUUCUUGUUCCGGUAUGAUGCCAAUGGUACUCCUACGUCGGCCAAGAUGAUCGACUUUCAGCUGGCGCGGUAUUCAUCCCCAGCGCUGGACAUUUCCUUCUUCAUUUACUCGUGCACCACCCAGGAACUGCGGGAGGCUCACUAUGAAGAGCUGCUGAAGGCGUACCACCAGAGUCUGUCGGACAUGCUGACCGAUCUGGGUUCCGACCCGGAGGAGCUGUUCCCGUUUGCGGAUCUGCAGAAGGAGUUGCACGAAUUUGCCCGGUUCGGGUGCGGAAUGGGCAUCGAGUCGAUUCCGUUUUCGCUGCUGGACGAGAGCGAAGUGUCCGACCUGGACCAGAUUCAGGGCGAGGAGGCCGUUCCGAUCGAUCAGGUGUGGCUGCUGAAAAAUAUCAAAACUCAAGAGGGACGACGCCGGCUGGCCGAUAUGUUUAAGCACGCCGAUUCGUGCGGAUAUUUGGAUUAGGGGAAAGAAUACUGGGAGUUCUUUUUUAACUUAGAUUGACGAAUUUAUGCAGAUUGCAUCGUUUGAAAAUAUAUUAAUCUUUCAAUAGUUGAGAAAGUUUCAAGAAGUUGUUAAUUAAUUGCCAGUCUAGAGUGUUUCAGGUUUAUCGGCGAGAAAGAAAAGAGCAUGUUUUUAUUUUCCAAGUAUCAGUUGUAUCAUCAUUUUAUUCAUCCAUUUUCAGCUUUUUCAUUCAUCUCGUAAUUAUUUCAACAACACUUAAACAUAAGAGUGUAUAAUAUGCCUUACUAUUUUUUACAUGUCUGCCUUUAAAUUUAGUUCUCCCGAAAGCAAAAGAAAAAAAAACACUUGGUUCAACCGAUCAAAAAACGAAUCGCGAACACAUGCAAGACAAUAAGGAGUGUGGGUUUGUGUUUGUGUGUGAGGUCGGGUGUUUUUCCCUGCGGCAAAUGAAAUCAAACGAAAGAAAAAGUAUUUUAAAAAAAAAUUGUGGAAAACUCACAAUCCGCCCCACGGCGGUUGGUGUCCGCAGAAUAAAACCGAAAAUAAAGUCACUUUCCACUGCGUUAA